AUGAGAACGGUUCUGGUAGACUGGUUGAUAAAGGCUCACAUGCAGUACAAGCUAGAGCAAGAAACAUUGUAUCUGUCGAUCGACAUAAUUGAUAGAUUCCUGUCGAAGGAAAUUGUGCCAUUGGUGGAAUUAAAGCUAUUAGGCUUUACUGCCUUGUUCUUAGCUUGCAAAUAUGAAGAGGGAACACCCCUUAAGGUCGGUAGUAAUAUCUGGACAGCAUGGCGGAAGGACUAUUUGCAGCUAUCUGACAGGACAUUCACUCCUCAGCAAGUAUAUGACUUGGAAGAGAAGAUCUUACGCAAGCUAGGAUGGAAUUUGGCAGUCAUAACAACACCUUAUCAUUUCAUCCAUCACUACCUCGAAGCUAGUACUAAAUCUGAUGCAAAGAUGAAAAACAUGGUGUGUUUCCUCAUGGAACUUGCUCUAAUCCAUUAUGAGACAAUCAAGUACUCUCCAUCAACGAUUGCUGCCUCAGCAGUUUAUGUUGCACUCUGCUCCUUACACCAGAAGCCUAAUUGGAGCAAGAAAUUAAAACUUUACACAGGCUAUUCGAUGGAACAGCUAAGGGAUUGCAUCUGGCUAGUUGAGAAACUGCAUAAGAUGCCAUGGAAAGACAUGCCGAAGGCAAUUCAUGGAAAGUAUUCGGUUCCCGCAAGAGAUAGAGUUUCCUUGCUUCCUCCUGCUGGUUCUGGGUACCAGCAUUUUCAUUUCAAGUGGGAUUUACGCCGAAGGAAAUUGUAA